UUAAGAAGGCUACUUUGGGUAUUAGUUUUUGGUGAGAAUUGAAUGCUAAUAAAUGAGGCUAUAACCCACAGCUUCAAGAAAACGAAGGAGCUCCACACCACACACAGUGUGAAAAUUCUUUGUUUAUCAAUGGUGGAUGAGUCAGAUUAAGAGAGUUGCAGACCAAAACAAAAAAUAAAAAAAAUACAGUAGAAAGCGAGUUAAACAGACAACAGAGGGCAAAAAAAACGUGGGAGCCUCCAUUUGCAUGACUCAGCAAGAUCAUUAAUUCUUCUUCAUAUUCAUGCUGUUGUCCUUUUUGAGGUUGUCGAAUGAAUAAUCUCUCUAGCUCCUGACCCCCACCACCUGUUUGUUUUAAUUCCCCAACCAAAAAUCUCCUUACAAAGUUGUCCCCUCCCUCACCUUGGUCAACAUCGAAAUUGUUCUGGGGGUUUGAGGAAUUUUGAUGGCUGAAGUUGGGGCAGAAUGUAGGAAGGGUUUCAGAGGAAGAAAGGCUUUGAUUUUGACUUUUGUGAUUCUUUUAUCAUGUGUUGUUGCUGUUUCGUCUCAAGAGAAUUUGGAGCAAGUCAUUUCAAGAACAAAUGUGGCCGUUGACCGAAAUUCCGAGCCAAAUUACUUCACCAGAAUAAUCACUUUCUUGAGGGGGAUAUCUCUCCCACAUGUCUGGCCUGAUAUGGAAUUCGGUUGGAGAAUUGUUGCUGGUACAGUCAUCGGAUUCUUCGGUGCUGCUCUUGGAAGUGUAGGAGGUGUUGGUGGUGGGGGCAUUUUCGUCCCUAUGCUUACUUUGAUUAUCGGCUUCGAUCCAAAAUCUUCUACUGCAAUAUCUAAAUGUAUGAUAACUGGUGCAGCAGUAGCUACGGUUUAUUACAAUUUGAAGCUGCGUCAUCCUACACGUGAUCUCCCGAUUAUCGAUUAUGAUUUGGCUCUUCUUUUCCAACCGAUGCUAGUGCUCGGAAUUAGCAUCGGAGUUUUUUUCAAUGUGAUCUUUGCGGAAUGGAUGGUUACUGUCUUGCUGAUUAUUCUUUUCAUAGUUACUUCGACGAAGGCAUUCCUCAAGGGUAUCGAGACCUGGAAGAAAGAAACCAUAAUAAAAAAGGAGGCUGCUAGGCGUUCGUUAUCCGAUUCUAAUGCAAACGAAGACGCUUCAUACAAGCCUCUACUCAGUGGCCCAACUAAUGAAACUAGAAUGCAACUCAAUGAACACAAAGCAUCAAAGGUCUCGAUUAUCGACAAUGUCCACUGGAAGAAAUUCAGCAUUCUCGUUGUUGUAUGGCUGAUCAUUUGCUUACUCCAUAUCACAAAGGACUAUACAACCACUUGUUCAGCAGCAUACUGGAUACUUACCUUAUUGCAGAUACCUGUUGCCGUUGGAGCUUCUGGAUAUCAGGCAGUAUGUUUAUAUAAGGGUUGGAAGGUGAUAGAAGCCACUGGAGAAUCAGGGGUAAGAUGGACAAUUCCUCAGUUGAUUCUUUGUUGUUGCUGCGGAAUUUUAGCCGGUAUAGUAGGUGGUUUGCUAGGCCUUGGCGGAGGUUUCAUUUUAGGCCCGUUAUUUCUCGAGCUCGGAAUUCCACCCCAGGUCUCGAGUGCUACAGCAACGUUAGUCAUGAUGUUUUCCUCAUCAAUGUCCGUAAUACAAUAUUACCUUUUACACCGUUUCCCUCCAUCAUACGCUCUUUAUUUCGUUAUAGUGGCUACUUUUGCUGCAUUGGUCGGGCAACACGUAGUGAGGAAGAUGGUAAGUAUACUGAGGAGGGCUUCGUUGAUCAUCUUUAUAUUGGCCUUCACGAUCUUCGUCAGCGCAAUUUCUCUAGGUUGGGUUGGCAUAUCAAACAUAAUCGGAGAAGUAGAGGGACAAGAGUACAUGUGGUUUUACGACAUUUGUAAAUACGGGCACGAGUAACUUACUAUAGUUUUUUUGUUUUAGGUACAAAGGGAAAAAAAAUCGAAUUGAUUUCCUAAUGUUUCCUUGUUAGUUCAACUUUGUACUUUCUCGGAUGUAAACUCGUGUGUUUAUCGAAGAGAUUGUAUUUCAUUGUGAAUGCUUUCGUUAUCUAAUGAAGAACAUUUCCUACCAGAGAGAUCAAUCGAAUGGUUUAUUUUA